AGAUCUUCCUUUUUUAUCUUCGAGUAUGAACUCGCUAGGCUCCAGAAAACUCUUGAUUUUCGACCUCAAAAGAAAAUAUGAGUGUCGUUGACAAAAGAAAAUAUGGAACGAAGAGUUGAGCCUCUCGCUAUUGGUCGGGUCACAGACCAAGAAUAUGUCAUUCUUCAUCUCUCACUCUCUCCGUCACAUCUCUCUCUCACAUCUCUCGCCUUUGUUCUCGUCUCGAUGUCGACAUCCCGAAGAAAAUACGGUCGUCGUUUACGAAAGAAAAUACGGAUCGAGCGAGCAAGGAUCUUUACAUGUCAUCAAAUCCUUUUCUACAUUCGUCGAAAUCAUUUAUCUACUCUUCGAAUCGAUGUCCAUAUUACCGACAACACGUCUAUCCUAUAUGCUUUCCAAAGCAUUCAGCUUGUCUUCUUUCGACACGGAUAUGACCCUCUAUCUUCCAAUCACUCCGGCAGAGUCCGGUUUACCAAUCGCCGCAUUGCGCUUUUAAAGCCUGCAAAGACUCUUCGUCUAGUACGAUGGAGAUUUAUCAUUCGGCAUUCGGCCUUGGCUGAAUCUUUUUUCUAACAGACGGCACUGCUUCGGCUUUCUCGUGCCUACUUUUCUGUUGUCUACUUUUUUUAUUGUCCACCUUUUUCACUUUUCUCUUAU